AUGGGUCCUUGUCAACCAAAAAAUCAUGUCUUUCCUUCUAGAGUGAUUACGGGUGUUAAUAGGAGAUUUAAUCCUAAAUGGUUUGAAGAUCAUAGCAAUUGGUUGGAGUAUAGUGUAUCUGAAGAUGCAGCAUAUUGCUUAUGUUGUUAUCUAUUCAAAGAUGAAAGUAUUGGACAACAAGCUGGGGGAGAAUCAUUUGUCACAGAAGGAUUCAACAAUUGGAAAAAAGGACCGGAAAAGUUGCGUGGACAUGUUGGUAAUCAUAAUAGUGUUCACGCAAGGAACGUACAAGCUUGUCGAGAUUUAAUGACUCAAGAGCAACACCUACAAGUUUGUGUAUCAAAACACUCAGAGCAAUCGAAGCAAGACUACCGUGUUCGAUUGACUUCAUCAGUUAAAUGCAUCCGGUUACUUUUGAGGCAAGGACUUGCUUUUCGUGGAAAUGAUGAAAGUUACGACUCUCUUAAUCGGGGAAACUUCCUUGAACUCUUAAAGUUUCUUGCAGAUAAUAAUGAAGAUGUUGGCAGAGUAGUGAUGCGAAAUGCACCGGAAAAUCACCAAAUGACUUCUCCUUGCAUUCAAAAAGAUAUAGUUAAUGCAAUUGCAAGUGAGACAACUGAAAUGAUAAUCAAUGAUCUUGGUGGAGAAUUAUUUGGAAUAAUAGUUGAUGAGUCAAAAGAUAUAUCAGUGAAAGAGCAGAUGAUUGUGUUUAUUCGGUAUGUGGAUUCAAGUGGGCAUAUUAUUGAGCGUCUUCUUGGAAUUACUCAUGUUCGUGAUACCACAUCUAUGUCUCUUAAAGUAGCAAUUGAACAUCUUCUAACAAGGCAUGGAUUAAGCAUUUCAAGAAUACGAGGCCAAGACUAUGAUGGAGCAAGUAAUAUGCGAGGUGAGUUCAAUGGUCUUAGGACUUUGAUUAUGAAUGAGAAUCCAAGUGCUUUUUAUGUUCAUUGUUUUGCUCAUCAAAUACAACUAGCACUUGUGGGUGUUGCAAAGGAAAAUGAGGAUGUUGGAGAUUUUUUUGUCACUGUCUUGCAAUUGUGCAAUAUUAUAUGUGCUUCAUGUAAGCGAAGAGAUAGCUUACGAGACAAACAAUUACAGAUGUUAAUUGAUUCAAUUUCUGCUGAUACAAUUGAAACGGGAAUUUGUUUGAAUCAAGAAGUAGUUUUACAACGUCCUGGUGAUACACGUUGGGGAUCUCAUUAUGGUGCACUUGUGAGCAUUCUGAAAUUAUUUUCUCCGGUGAUUGAUGUUCUUGACGAAUUAAGGCAAGAUCCAAAACAAAGGCUAGAAGCAUUUAGAGUAUUGAAGAAUAUCCUAUGUUUUGGUUUUGUAUUCUUUUUGCACUUAAUGAAGGAUGUUUUAGCAAUUACCAAUGACUUGUCACAGGCAUUACAGAGGAAAGAUCAAAACAUUGUGAAUGCCAUGAGACUAGUUGAUGUCUCAAAACAAAGGUUGCAAAUGAUGAGGGAUGAUGGGUGGGAAGCUCUUUUAAAAGAAGUUUCACUAUUUUGCAACAAGAAUGCAAUUUCCAUACCUAAUAUGGAUGAAGUUUAUGUAGUUCCUGGAAGACCUCGCCGUAAUGUGGAAGAAAGGACUCAUCUUCAUAGGUACCGUGUUGAAAGGUUUUGUGCGGUUUUAGAUCUACAACUUCAAGAGCUAAACAACCGUUUCAAUGAGAAGAAUACAUAG